CACAGACACGGGAGGAACCGACCAGAGUCUUGCACAGCCUCCACAAAACACGAUGCUCUGAGAGAGGAGUAUCACACUUCAACGUGAUUAAGGAGGGACUGAAACUUCUCCUCUUUCUUCAGAGUGAGACAGAAAGUGACCAGUACAUCAUUAUCUUACCAAGAGAUCGUAUUUAUCGGAUGGGAGCCAGAAAUUGAAAGUUUGCUGCAGAAGGUCGACUACCUCCCACUCCCUACAAUGGCCACCCUCGAUGACGGCCACAUCCACACCUUGAGCUCGGAGCUGCCAGCCAUGUUUGACGGCGUGAAGCUGGCAGCCGUGGCUACCGUGCUCUACGUCAUCGUCCGCUGUCUGAACCUGAAGAGUACCACAGCGUCGCCGGAGGUCAGCUACCAGAACACACCUCUCAGCCGCUACCUGCUCAAAGCCUGCCCGUUGCUGACCAAAGAAUACAUUCCUCCCUUGCUGUGGGGGAAGAGCGGUCAUCUUCAGACGGCUCUGUAUGGCAAGAUGGGACGUGUCAACACUCCAACUCCCUGCGGGGUCCGCAAGUUUCUCCCAAUGCAGGACGGGGCAACGGCGUCCUUUGACCUCUUUGAAGCACUCGGAGAACACAGCACAGGAGAUGACAUAACCAUGGUAAUCUGCCCUGGGAUCGGUAACCAUAGCGAGAAGAACUACAUUCGGACCUUUGUGGAUCACUCUCAGCGGCAGGGAUACCGCUGUGCUGUCCUCAACCACCUGGGAGCUUUGCCCAACGUUGAGCUCACCUCCCCCCGCAUGUUCACCUACGGUUGUACCUGGGAGUUUGCAGCCAUGGUGAACUACAUCAAGCGAACUCUCCCCGACACUCUGCUGGUGGUCGUGGGCUUCAGUCUGGGAGGAAACAUCGUGUGCAAGUUCCUGGGUGAGAACCGAUCCAACCAGGACAGAGUGCUGUGCUGUGCCAGCGUCUGCCAGGGAUACAGCGCCCUCAGGGCCCAGGAAACAUUCCUUCAGUGGGACCAGUGCCGGAGACUCUACAACUUUGUGUUGGCAGACAACAUGAAGAAGCUCAUCCUGUCACACAGGAACAGUUUGCUCAGCAUGAACUCCAGCAACAUUGGUGACGCUGAAUUUAGCAAACUGAUCGCGGCCACGUCUCUGAUGCAGAUUGACGACAGCAUCAUGAGAAAAUUCCACGGCUACGACUCGGUGAAGGAGUACUACGAGAAGGAGAGCUGUGUGCACUACAUCCACAAAGUCACUGUGCCUCUCCUGCUGGUAAACUCCUCAGACGACCCACUAAUACAUCAGUCACUGCUGUCUAUUCCACGCACACUCUCAGAGAAAAUGCCUAACGUGAUAUUUGCCCUGACCCAACACGGAGGCCACCUGGGCUUCUUCGAGGGUGACGUACUGUUUCCGCAGCCCCUCACCUGGAUAGACAAGUUUAUAGUCCAGUACACAGACGCCAUCUGUCACUGGGAGAAGAACAGGCCGGACUGCCAGAGGAGCAGCCAACAGGACACAAACUCUUGCCUGCAGAGCACAGGGGCAAAGCUCAGCGGGUAACACGUACACACACGACUGGAGACGAAACAACAUAUCAAAACACACACAGGCAUGCUGCUGCGUCUGCUCUUCUGCUGCUACUUCUUCUUCAGCAGUAAUGGCGAUACACUUGAGUCAUUCUGAUACAUGUUGGAAAUGUAAAAACUAAAUUUAGAGGAGAAGUGGGGGCACAAAAAUGUAAAUUACAAAUUUCAGACUUAUUAAUAUCGGAGGGUGUAAUGUUACCUCAGAGUCAAUUGUUCCUUCCUCUUUUGUGAUGAGUCACUUCGCCAUCUGCUGGUUUUUGGCAGCUGUUGCGUCUCUCGUCUCGUUUGGACAUAAAAUAAUACUUACACUAACGGAUAACUAUGACCUGUUCCUGUGUUUAGAAAGAAGAGAAAGGUGAAAUUUCCCCACAUAAAUCACCACUGAAAGGUUUCCCAGAUACUCAGGUACUCAUAAAUCAGCACCAGAUAGCCUUAAAGUGGGUCUUCAACACACUUUUUUUAAUUUUUAUUCUUGCUCCCUAAAAACACAAUAUUUACUACCACUAUGCAAGUGCCUUAAUUUUAAAAGAUUUUGGUUUACAGGAUUUCCAGCUUUUGUACGAUGUCAACAUGAAGUUUUAAUGGUCUUCUUCUUUUAUGUUGCGCAUUCUUUGACAUGAUGCUGUCUAUUUCUAUUAAGAGAGUCAUGUUUUCUUAUUGCAGGACAAAAAAAUCAGUUAGUUUUUUUGUGGAUGUAUGGUUUAGCCGUCAUUUUGCUCAACACGUUAACAGAUUUUUCUUUACAUUUCCAUUAUGAGCAGCGGACCAUCAGCCUGCAUCGUUGCUGCUGACCUUUGAAAUACAGCAAUCAGGGUGUCAGGUUAUUAAAGAGGUUUAAGGAUAUUUAAAAAAUACAGAGAAUUUUUUUUUUAUUAUUUAAUGUUUUUGUAGCAGUUAUUUCCAUGUUGUUAAAUGGGAAUAUGGGUCUUCAUGCAAACUAGCUUUAACUUAACUUAACUGCACUUCUUUUGGUCAACUUUUCCCAUUCCCACUUUUUGUUCCAUUCCAUUCAUUUCUCCACAAACCUUAAAAACCAGCAUGUAACAGCGAUUAUUACUAUGAUGCUCCUGCCAUCAGGUGGUUCAGUCCCCUAAAUGUUGUUGUGGAUUUAGAAGUCUACCAUCCAGGACAGGAGAUACUAGAAAACUAUACAGAACUAAAGAGCAGUUCAGGACAGAUGUUUGCAAACACGAGAGAGGAAAGUACAACUGGGGCACAAACAGGACAUUUUUUUAAAUGAAAAAUCCAAAUUUGGGCUUUCAUUUUACACACUGACUGGUCUUUAUGGUGUAUUAUUUUACAAUGGUACUCAAAAAGUGCUCAAAAACUUUAAUGUUUGAUCUGCUGGAUUAUGGCCAAUGCUUUAUUCUUUUUUUUUUUUUUUUUUAAAGGCGUUGGCUCAAAUACAGUCGGGGUCUGAUAUUAGUCAAUACUUGGAACUUUUUUUUUUACGAGUUUCAUAAGUUACUGAGGGUUUUUGGGGGGUUUAUUAUAAGCUGCUUGCACCUAGGUGGGUUUGCCUGUGUAGUACAAUAAAUGCAGCGAGGAGAAUUCAGACUGAAAGAUUUCCUACGUAGAAAAACACAAAAAUUAAAUGAAGACACACAAAUCUAAUCUCUAUUGUGUUUCACGGUGUAUUUCAGUUAUAAAUGGGGAUAAAGGUCUGAAACUUUGUUUUCUGUAAGUGAUUGUUUAGCAGUUUGGACCUCUUUCACCACAAUAUUGAAUAUGUCCUGUGGUGUUCAUGUAAAUGCCGUGGACUCUCCACACAAUUUAAAGCUUAAAAUUAACUGUUUAUGAUUCACUUUUGUUCAUUAUCUUUACAUGCAAGUCUUAUUUCAUUUUAAAAGAUGUAAUAGUAAAGAAAGGACCAGUGUGUAGGAUUAAGUGGCAUUUUAGCAGCACUGUUGCAGAUUGUAGCCAACUAUUUAUUAUUGGAUCCCACUGCUGGUUGGGAACCGUAAUGACACCUCACCCUCAGCACCCCCUUUCAAGCUUGUAGGAGAAGCUGCGGUGGCCGCAAAACUUGCAAAAAAAAAAAAAGCCUUCUCUAGAGCCAGUGUUUAGUUUGUCCAUUCUGGGCUACUGUAGAAAACAUGUUGGUGCAACAUGGCGACCUCCGUGGUAGAGGAUGCGCUCCCUAUGCAGAUAUAAAGGGCUCAUUCUGUGAUUAUACACUAAUGAAAACAUGCUCAUGAUUAUUUUAUUCCAUUUCUGCUGAUUGAUCCCCCUAAAUCUUACACACUGGUCCUUUAAAUUGUCAAUCUGCCCUUUAAAAGCACAGUGCAACCUGCUGCUGUUUGUGCAAUAUGUUGAGAAAUGGACCGUUUUGCCUGCACUUUACUGUCUUUACAGUUGAAACUGUACUGUAUGGCACUAUAAUAUGUAUUUGCGUAUGAGUGUGAGAUUUAUAGUCUAAUCCGAGUGUUUUUGCUUUAAUGUGUUACACAGUCAUCUUAUUUGGACUCACCUAAUAAUAAAUAUUUUUCA